AUGACGUACUACGCAGUGAAUGCGACAAAUGUGGCCUUGACUGCCAUGUUGGGCGUCAUCAUGAUUGCUCGGUUGCAUGCCAUGUAUCAAGGGUCUAGAGCAAUGCUUAUGUUCCUUGUUAUUAUCUUCCUGGCUGUAAACAUUGCCUGCAGAGCAAUGGCGGCAAUAGCACUCAAUGAUGCUGUAGCAGAGGAGAUGAUACUCUCUGGUAUAUAUAUGUGCAGCUAUGAAUAUGGAGGGGACGAGCAGCUUCUGUUUUCGAUCAUUUGGAUACUCAACACUAUUUGGGAGGUCCUCACAUUGUGUCUUUCAGUUUGGAUUGCUGUGAAACACUUCCGUGAGCUGCGACAACUCAGCCCAUCAACAGGAUCGACCAUCGGGGACUGUGUCAGAGUGCUGGUACAAUCUCACGUUCUUUAUUUUGCAAGCUUUGUUGGCGUCUCUUGCCUCCAGCUUGCUUAUCUCUCUCCAGAAAUCUCAAAUUUGAAUUCUAUUGGAGCUCAGAUACUCCUUGGUACUCUUCAAAUUUUAUUGGUCGUGCAGAUGUUUGUGCUGAGACCACGCCUCAUCCUUAGCGUUCGAGAAUACCACGCCAAACUUGUGGUAUCCUCCGACACAGAAACUAGCAUGAAUUCGAUUGUUUUCCAGGAGCAUGUACAUGUAUCAACUAGCAGUACUGUGUAG